CAACUUCACGACUUCACGUGUCAUAUGGCGACGGCGUACACGUCGGCGAACGUCGCAACGGUUGCAAAACGUCAUUGAGCGCCGCUGGACACGUCGAGAUACACUUCCGUAGAUAAGUACAAGUGCAGUGUUGUCGUGAGCUCUCAACUCGUCUCGUAUUUCUUCUGCCUGCUUCUAUCGCACUCUUGUCGAGGGGAUUGGACGUGCGAGAACGAUGGCGCCGAAGCAACGGAUGCGUAUCGCGAACGAGAAGGCGACGAAAAACAUCACGCUACGUGGAAACGUCCCCAAGUCGUCGAAAUCGCAAGAGGAAGGAUCUCCAGUUGGACCUUGGCUCUUAGCUCUGUUUCUCUUUGUUGUUUGUGGAUCUGCCGUGUUUCAAAUCAUCCAGAGUAUCAGAAUGGCUUGAAGAUGAAGAAAGAAAAGAUGCUACUGUUGAUAUUAUUACGACAAACCAUUUACAAUUCGUUGAUAUUCGAAGGAGACUGACAAACCGUUUUAAUGUAAAUUAUAAAGAAGAUUACAGAUUGCGAGAGACGGAACAUGGCAAAAUUUAGACAGUAGCUGAAAAAUCAUUUUCCUUUUGCAGAAGAAGCUCAAAGAUUUAUUUAUAACAUUUAGCAUUUAUACAAACGUUUAACUUAAUUGCGCUACACAUAGACGAAGGGAAAAUGCUCGAAUGUACAAAAUAAAUACUGUCCCAAAAAACAAUAUAUCUAUUAAACUUAUGAAUCGAGAAAGAGAAAAUUAUUUAUAUUGAAUUUUUUAUUAUAUGCUUCCAACAUAACGUUUUCGUUAAUGUAUAUUAACGAAGAUGUCUAUGUGAUUUUUACCCAAAUGUAUUCUUUCGUCUAUGUGUAUGUAGUAAAUAAUUGUAUAUAUACACACACACACACACACGAAUGAUUUUAUCAUGCAGAUUUCUCCUCAAGCAGAUCUGCCCAAUAGCAUGUAAAGCUCAACUCCAAUGAUUGGACAGAUCUGUUUUAAAGCAUUCCACUGUAAGCAGUUGGUAGCUUUCUGUUGUAAUGGCCUUUGAACGAUGCUUUUGUGUUAUGAGGUCGUUAUAUACAUAUACAAAUAUAUAUUAUACAUCUCAAAAAAUGAUUUGUGUAUAUGAAAUAUUUGCUACUGACGGUGCACACAUUGUCUCUUUUAAUAAGGUAUAUUAUUAAUAAAGUUAUAUAUUGUUUUACAUGAAA